AUGGCGCCAGAACACUACUCUAUUCCAGAGCAGACAGACCUGCUCUUUCGAAAAGAGAUACUCGGAAACCCACUGUUGGAGAAGAACCUCCCAGCCGAGGCUCAAGAAGCAGCCAGCACCGUAACGUUUGAGGGCAGCGAUGCGCCAACACUGCCCAUCAAUUGGCGCUUCGCUGAGAGUAUCUCGGCACUAAAGGCAUACGAAGCCACGAUUCUCAAUGUCUUGCUCAAGAAGAAGUACGGCGUGGGACCAGUUGAAAUCAAGAUCAAUACAGACCAUGCUCAAUUGUUCAUCAUGUCCAGCUUCCUCUGGACGCUGGAUCCAGCUGGAGACAAUAUCACUGCUAGCUCCUUAGGCUCUCCAGCAACUCAAGAAGCCCUGUUCAAGCAUUUCCCCAAUCGUGACAUACACAAGACCGCCAGCUCCUUGUAUCGUGCGGUUGCCACCAACAUAUACCGUACCAAAGAUGACCGAUUCUUCCAUGUGCAUAGCUCGAUGAACCCGGGUCCGAUUCUGAAGGCCUUGGAUAUGCCUGAGGAUCAACAGUUUUCCACAUAUGAUGAAGCCUUGGUGCCAUAUCACGAAAAAGUGGCACAAUAUACCGCAGAGGAAAUGCAGGAUAUCGCCGACUCCUCCAAGCAAGCGGGUACGAUAUGUUGGACAGUGGACGAGUUUCGCAACAGCGAGCACGGGAAAGCCAAUGCCCAGACCAGCCUGUUUGAGCUCGAGGCCCAUCCCAACGAGACCCAAAAGCCGUGCUGGUGGCCCGACGCUCCGCACACCUCGGCUUCGCGACCACUCGCGGGCCUCAAAGUUGUCGAUAUGACCCGCGUCAUUGCGGGACCCGCCGUGUCCAGAUCGCUGGCGGAGCUGGGCGCCAGCGUUAUGCGCAUCACGGCGCCGCAUCUGACUGAUUUGUCCAUUCUGCAUCCGGACCUCAACCACGGAAAGUGGAAUGCCUGCCUCGAUCUGCGCAAGGAAGAAGACCGCGAGACGUUGCGCAGUCUCAUCCUCGAUGCCGAUGUCUUCCUCCAGGGGUACAGGCCCGGUGUCCUCGACAAGUACGGGUUUGCCGAAAAGGAUAUCACGGAACUCUGUCGGCAACGUGAAAGGGGCAUCAUAUACUGUGGCGAGGACUGCUACGGCUGGCAGGGUCCGUGGGCUCAUCGGUCCGGCUGGCAACAAAUCAGUGAUGCAAACUGUGGCGUUUCGUACGGAUUUGGCAGAGCCAUGGGCAACGACGAACCAGUCACUCCUGUGUUCCCAAACUCAGACUACUGUACGGGUGUCGCCGGAUCGAUUGGAAUCAUGACGGCUCUUUUACGCAGAGCCGAAGUAGGCGGAUCAUUCUCCGUAAAGAUUGCCUUGAACUACUACUCUCAGUGGCUCGUCGAGAGUGUGGGCACUUACCCAGAGCAUGUCUGGAAGGAUGUUUGGCAGCGUAACGGAUCUCCCGUCUACCGCCACUACCACUCGAUGCUCUACUUGCUUCCCAGAGUCAUGGGAACACUCAUCAAAUCGAGCGGCGCUAGUAUCAUGAAGCCCGAGUUUUUCACCAAGUAUCACCCCCAACAUAUCGGCAAGGACAUGGUGAUAGUGGCGCCGGUGCUACGGUUCCCUAAUCGAGAGGUAGAACCACGUUUCGACGUUGGCACAAGAGGCAACGGGGUGGAUCAGCCAAAGUGGCCACAUGAUUUGCUCACUGAGACGGUGUUUUAG